UCAAAUCAGCGCAAUCUGGCAACACCUCCAGAGGUCUAGAGCGCACGCUGAACCAGAUCCGCGCGCACACUUUAUUACCACCGCUCGCGUGCUGCAGAAAGCUUCUGAGGUAGGAAAAAAAAAAAUCAUUAAAAAGAUACGACAUGUCUGUGACCCUCGUGCUGGAGAACUACAUCGGCGGGAAGUUUGUGCCCUGCCCCAGGCACGUGGACUCGUACGACCCGUCCACCGGAGAGGUGUACUGCAGAGUCCCGGACAGCGGUGCGCCGGAGGUGGAGGCAGCAGUGAAAGCAGCUAAAGACGCGUUUCCCGGCUGGUCAGCCACGAGUCCAGCAGAAAGAGCUCGCGUCCUGAAUAAACUCGCCGAUCUCAUAGAAGCGCGUCUAGAGGAUUUCGCUCAGGCCGAGUCUAAGGACCAGGGUAAGACGCUAAACUUUGCGCGAAAUGUUGACAUCCCACGCGCUGCGUACAACUUCCGGUUCUUCGCUUCAUCUGUCCAGCACCACCUGACCGACUGCAGUCAGAUGGACGACAUGGGCUGCAUCAAUUACACUGUGCGCUCUCCUGUAGGAGUGGCUGGUCUGAUCAGUCCUUGGAACCUGCCUUUGUAUCUCCUCACCUGGAAAAUCGCUCCUGCUGUGGCUACAGGGAACACGGUGGUGGCCAAACCCAGUGAGAUGACCUCAGUCACUGCCUGGAUGAUGUGCCUACUACUGGAGGAGGCUGGUUUCCCACCCGGAGUUGUGAAUGUAGUGUUUGGCACUGGUCCACAUGCAGGCAAUGCCCUCGUGUCCCACCCGGACGUGCCGCUAAUUUCCUUCACGGGCAGCACGGCUACAGCUCAGGUGAUAACAGAGCGCAGCGCCCCCUACUGCAAGAAACUUUCCCUAGAGCUCGGGGGGAAAAAUCCAGCCGUCGUGUUCGCUGAUGCUGACCUGGAACAGUGCAUCAGCACCACCGUGCGCUCCAGCUUCUCUAAUCAGGGUGAGAUUUGUCUCUGUACCAGCAGGAUCUUUGUAGAACGGAGCAUUUACCCAGAAUUCCUAGCGAAGUUUGUAGAGGCGGCUCGCCAGUGGAAAACCGGCGCGCCCUCUGACCCCUCGAACCAGAAUGGAGCGCUUGUCAGCAAGGAACACUUACAGAAGGUUCGGGGUUAUGUGGCUCUGGCGAAGGCCGAAGGAGCUCAGGUGCACUGCGGAGAGGGGGUCGACUCCCUCAACCUCCCUCCUAAAAAUGCGUCUGGAUACUUCAUGCUGCCUACUGUGAUCACGGGCAUGGCAGACUCCUCCGCCGUGAUGCAGGAGGAGAUCUUCGGCCCGGUCACCUGCGUGACGCCGUUCGAUACAGAAGAGGAAGUGAUCUCACGGGCUAACGAUGUGCGCUACGGCCUGUCGGCGGUGGUGUGGUCCAGAGACGUGGGCCGUGUUCACAGAGUGGCUCGGCGACUGCAGGCCGGGUUAGUGUGGACCAACUGCUGGCUCAUCCGAGAUUUGAACCUGCCGUUUGGAGGAAUGAAGAGCUCUGGCAUUGGGAGAGAAGGAGGAAAAGAUUCCUAUCACUUCUUCACCGAGGUUAAAACUAUCGCCGUAAAGUACUGAGGCGUUGCAUAGGCGUGUCUGGCGGAGAUCACUACGAGUACAAGGGCUUUAUCUUAGUUUAGCUCAGUCGAGAAUGCUUUAUUGAAGAAUUUAACAGAGUAAUAAUAAUAUGGAUGGGAAUCACCAUGAACUUCCUGAUACAAUACCUAGGCACCGAUUCGAUUUGUAUCGUGAUUUUGUAAAUUUUUUUAUUAUUUAAAUACUAUAUCAUUCCAUAUUUGUUACUAAACAAACUUAAUAAUACAUAAUUUGCGCCACCACUCAGGAUAGUUUAGAGUGCACCACCUGCAGGAUUAUAGAGGAACAGCAACAAUUUACAACUUCAAAUGCAAGCAUAUAUAAGAUAUGAGUAGGUUUGUUAAAAAAAAAAUCUGUUAGUCAGUGUGGCGAUUUAUCAUGAACAUCCUGUUUAUAAACAACUAAGUUUUUUUAGUAAGUUUUUUUUUAUCAACUGCACUAAUGAUAUGAUAUAAUAUGAUAUCUCAUUCUAUCCCUUACAGUAUUCUCUUUACACACAGGGUUCUGUUCAUUUUUGUCCACGAGUUUAAGCACCUUAAUACAUGUUGACAUGUUGUUCUAUGACGAAUAAAAACGCUGACCUUUUUUUCCUGUGCACAUUUUCGAGAAAUCUAAUUUGAUGGAAUUGUAUUAAUUUGCGACUGAUUAAAUAAAAAGGCCAAGGUGGUGAUCUAGGUG